GGUAUUGGUGGACCCUACCUGGCGUCAGAUCCAUGUCGCCAAAUGGAGAACUCACCUUGAAUGGCUUGAUGAAGGCCAAUGGAGUGUGUCCCGAAUGGAACAACGGAAGUUUCCUAGAGACCUGCACUGUUCCGGAAUCGUGGAGCUUUGUGGUGGGCCAGGGUCAGUCCGCAACAUGUCAGUGGGGAAACUCGCUUUUCCCUCCCGCAUCACUACUGCAGGCCAACGGCAAUGUAUGCGAUGUCGCCUUGAAGUGUCAAACCUGCAACCUCAAGCACGACUUCGGCAAUUGCUUUUCGAUUCUCAAGGCUAGCGAUCCUGAAUAUGCAAGCGCUUAUUAG